GGGACGGAGGGAGUAGGAUUUAGGAGUACUUGUCUCCAUUCACUCAGACGGACUUAUGAAGGCACCCACGAAGAAAUUCCUCAGAAUGCCUUAAAAACAAAAUGAAAAAUCAAUUAACUUGUAGCCAGCCAUAUUAGCUCCACAUUUCACCCUUUUUUAUUUAUAACGAAAAAGGCAGUCAUCAGUCGCCCCCUUUCCUAUUUAGCUUUGCUUGCUGCCUAUUAUGAGAAUAGGUCCCGGUUCAAGCGGCACGCCUUUCAUCAUCAUCUAUACCAGCUGCCAUGCACGAUCCCAGUCGGACCCCUAAUAUCCUCCCAGAUGAGGAAAACCACUUCCAAAGCUUGCAUCGUAGUACCCCUAAAAAUUCGCCUGUUGCGCGGCUUCUCUGUCCUCCAACAGUCGUCAAGGGAGGCGCAAGACGGGGUAGCGGGCAACAUGGUAUGACUCCAAGCCCGGAUAACGUUCCAAACCUCCUCCGUGGAAGUGCAUUUUUCGGCAGAGAUGGGCAAUGGACUCUGGAUGGAUUCGCAAAUCUGACAAAUGAGACUGUGCGGCCAUCCCUGGAUGGCGAGGUUGAAUUCAUUCCACACCGAUCGGUUCUUCCAGGCGGCAAUGGCGAGGAGCUCCGGCCAGCGAUGCCUCGCGGUCGAUCCGUCUGGGGUAGCAGCCGAUUACUUUGGUUUUACUAAUGUAGCAGCAGAAGAACGGAAGAAGGUUUGGGGCGGAGCCAGCCAUUUCCUGAUAUCCAAGGGCCAGCCAAACCAAACCUUUCUCCCGGCCCAACAACCCCCGCAAGCCCGAAGUAUGCUUCCCCGCCUCGUGCCGCCGCUCGCCGGCGCAACCUUCACCCGCCGCGUCCUCCGCGGCCUCUGCGCCACCACCGAAGCGCCACCCUCCACCUCCAAGGCCCCGCCCUCUCCCCUCUCCCCGUCCGAGCUCGACACCAUCUCCGCCCUCAUCCCGCGCCUCAUCUCCGAGGGCCACGUCCCCGCCGCCGGCCGCCUCCUCUCCGCGGCGCUCCUCCUGCCGGGAUCCCCGGACCGCCUCCCGUUCCCCCCGCUCGCCGAGCACCUCGCCUCCCUGCCCACGCUCACCCCGGCCUUCGCCCUCCUCACCGCCCUCCGCCACCACCCCCUCCGCCCCUCGCCGCUGCCCCUCGCCACCCCGCUCCUCGCCCGCCUCCUUGCCAUGCGACGCGCGCGCGACGCCACCUCCGUGCUCCGCUGGCUCUGCCGCCCCGACUCCCCGCGCCGCCCCGACGGCGCCACCUACGACGUCGCCGUCGAGGGGUUCUGCCGGCUCGAGGAACCCAAGAGCGCGCUCGUCGCGCUCCGGGAGAUGGCGGCGGACGGGGCCCGGCCCUCGGAGAAGCUGCGGGACGCGGUGCGGGACGCGAUGCUGCAGGAUGCGAGGAUCGAGGAGGCGUGGGCGCUGGAGGAGGCCAUGCGGCUGCCGGAGUCCGGGAAGACGGUGGAGCUGGUCGACAAGCUUCUCGGGCAGUGGGAGGACUGACUGGCUGAGUACUAAGUCGUCCAAGAGGACGGGGCGCAUCAUGCCAACAUAGAUCGCAACACUGAUGGAGAGCUGUGAACACGACGGGAAGACUCAUCAGCAUCUUGCCUAUUUCAUUUUGGGCCUUCUGAAAGAAGUACAGUACAAUGUACUGAUCAAAAGAGGGACAGACAUGAGAAAUAUUUUGUGGCAAUACUUGCAAGUUGCAAGCACUGAUGGUGUCAAUCUUGGUGUCAAUCUCACAGUUGAUAUCUUCGUAGUCACGCAGGCAUAUGGCGAGAUGCCACAUCUGCUCGGGAUUUCGAUUUACGAUUUGACGCUGAUUUGCCCAGCUAAUGGACUUUUUUUUCAGAAGAGAGAAAAGACACCUCCUCCUCUACGAAGAGCAUGUCAUCAAACACUGCAUAAACUGUCAAAGAAUGUAUGUGAGAGUGUGACGUUAGUCUGUCGCCGUGAAGUUACAUUUGUUUUCUGUAUAAUAAGUGAGAUCUAUUAAACUGGUUGGAAAUUCUCUUUGCUUUAUCGAUUGAUUCACAACAGUAAUAUUUUGAAUGGAUUGUGGAGUCUUUUCUGA